UGUUCAUUUGUGAAUUUGUUUAACGUGUUGUAUCGUUUUAUUUCAAUCGAUUCCUGUAAAAGAGUGGUGUCAUUUAUUUGGCAUAUAUUGUUAGUGAUUUUUACAUUUAAUCAGACAAAAGUUUGAUUGUAUUGCGAGUGCACCUUGCAAAAAAGAUGUCAUUUGUUUGUAUGUAAGUCGGUGCUCUUAUUUCAAAAAAUGGCGUCUGAUCUCGCCGAGGAAAGUGUACAGAAGAAACUGGACAGUGUUACCAGUGCUCAGGACAGCAUCCAGAGCAUGUCAAUGUGGAUAAUUCAUCAUAAAAGUCACCACAAGAAAAUUGUUAACGUCUGGUUAAAAGCUUUGAAAAAUGCCAAGACUAAGCAUAAAUUAAUUUUAUUUUACCUGUGUAAUGAUGUUGUCCAAACGUGCAAGAAGAAGCAUGCUCUGGUGUUCAAGGAAAGCUUCAAAGGAGUACUCAAAGAAGCAGCAGCAUUUGCAAGGGAAGACACAAUUAAGCCAAAAGUGGAAAGAAUAUUCAAGAUCUGGGAAGAACGCGUGGUUUAUGAUGGCAAAUUCAUGAAAGCACUGAAAAAGCAAUUGAAUAAAAAGACUGUUCCUCCUGUGCCACUGUUUUCAGAGUCUAAGGUUAACUCGCCCAUAGUUGAUCUGAAGACAACAUCCAAGGAGCCGGCGGCAUUGUCACCUGUCGUUAUACCCGAGUCCGCUGCAGUUUUUGAUCCAAAACUCGUGGCUGAAUUCAAGCCAUCUCACUUGAUAGAGAAGAUUACAUUCUUUAAGAAACUGGAGACAACCGCCGAACUUAAACAGAGACAGCUGGCCAUUCUCAAGAUGGACGCCUCAAAUUUAGAGGCUGUCCGACAACUGAAAGAUAAAGCUCACGGAAAGGAAUUUUCCAUUCAGUUUGAAGAAUCAUGUGUGAAGCUCGAAGACUACGUGGAAGUUCUCGCAGAUGAAAUCACAGAAAGAAAAACUCUUAUUCAACUGACGGAAAUUUCCGAGAUGUUUUAUGAUGAACAGUACAGAGAAGCUAAGAUAGUUGCAAAUGCGUACAAAAAUUUUGGAACACGAAUUGCGACCAUGAAGAAGAAGCUAACAGACUUGGUGAAGACUCUCCCUGAUCCCAACAGUCCGAUGCCGUCUCCCGUGGAAGACGCGCCGUCACCUGAAGCCACGCCUCCACAGAGAGACGACAUUGAAACCGUCGACAUGGAGAUGUCCGAUGACGAAAUUGAUCAAAUGCUCGAGCCUCCUACUGAUGCUCCAUCACCAGACGGAUCACCUGAGAUUCAGGACACGGCAUCGGAAAACAGAGACAAAAUAUCAUUCAGUAUUGGAGCCAAAGUUUUGUCUCACAGCCGGAAGGGUAACCAGGAGAGUCUGGAGAGCCGAAUCGCCAGCCUGGUCCCGACCUCUGAGCAGCAGGACAACCUGUCGGCGUCGUUCCUCCAGCAGAAACAGAAGGAGGUUCCCGUCUACAACCCGUCGAAGGUCCUUGGUCCCGGCUUCGCUUCCCUGGCCGUCGACGAGGGUAACUCCACCCCCCUGGCUGACGAGAAGGGGGGCAGCACGCCCGUACUUGAUGAGGUCCCGGACCUCCUGGGGGACGAGUCGCAGCAUAAUCAGAGCGAUGAAAUGCAUGACGCUGAAUCCUCGGAACCCGUCAAGAAACAGAAUCCCAUAGACUUUCUCACCACACUCAUCUCAAACACCAAGAAGAAUGCCCCUGUCUCGUCAGAUUUUCUACAGAAUCUGACCCUGCUGACGUCGACGGUGAAAACCCACAUUGAACAGGAGCACCAGAUACAAGAUGGUGAUUCGUCGGAUUCCGCCACGCCCAAGUCGUGGGCAGCCUGGAAGGCAAAAGUCAUCCAGACGUCCGAUUCGGAGACGUCUGACAAUUCUCCUCAACAGAUAAUGACUCUAAAUUCGAAGCCCGUGACGUCGGGGAUGGGCGAAUCGCCUCCACCUUCCCCCAUACAGACUCUGACUUCCCAUACCGCAGCAGUCGGAGGAUCACCUCCGGCUGAAAUGCAGACGUCUGUUUCUGGGCAACCACCAGUGUCCAUGCAUUCGCUACAGCUGCCACCAACGUCUACCCCCCAGUCAGCAGGGGUGGGGACACCAGUCUUUUCGACUGCUCCCCCACUGCAGGGACAGCCACCCCAGGGACAGUUUACCGUGCCGGGAAACGCACCCCCAUUCCCUAACCUGACCAUACCACCACCACAUACACCAAUGCCAAAUCAGUUCCUGCAGAGCACUCCUCCAACUCGCCCCCCCAUGCAGGGUCCCCCACCACCAACACAUUUAGCAAACAUGCUUCCUCCACAGGCACCAGGGCAGGGGCCACCCCUUGGUUCUCCAUUUCAAGGACCCCAAAAUCCACCCCCUUUGCCCCCUCCAGGCAAUGCUGUGCCAGGAUCAAUGCCGAGAUUUGGUCUGGAUAUCCGACCACCCCCGUUUGCCCCUCCACCACACACCUCCUCUGGGUUUAAUCCCAUGGCAUGUCCACCUCCUUCAUUCUUCAGCCAGCAGUCUCCCGGACAGAAGGAGAACUGGACUGGUCAGACUAGUCCUCGCAUGCUGGGACAAAUGGUCAGUCCUCCCGACCAAAUGUUUAGCCAAAGACCAAACUUUCCCCAGUUUCCCUCCUCCCAGUCACACAUGCCCCACCAUCCUCCCAAAGGUAUCUUGCGCAACAAACAGCCCAUUUUAGGAGAAAUGCAUCAUGUUCCCCCCGAUCAGAUGAUGGAUCACGCAAUCCUAGGAGGCCCCAAACCUCCUUCAGUGCCUCCUUCCCCCAUGAUGCAUUUAUCUGAAUCAAAUGAUGACUUGCAGGAAUUCAGGGAAAAGCUCAAACGCAAGACGACAGAAUCGCAGCCAGACGGGCCUCCCAAGAUGCAGAAUAAGGGUGUUUCGAGACAGAAUCUGACGACCAUUACUUUACAGGAUAUUUCAGUGAUAAACGACACCACUAAGAACGUUGCAGCAUUGGCCGAUAAAGAAACGCACGACGAAGCUGAUGGCGCUAACCCUAAAACAAAUCCAGCAGUAGAUCGGGAAGCGCCACCUAGUGAAUCUUCCAAAGAACACUCCGAGGAUGGGACAAUGAAAAACAAUUCAGAGAAGCUCGAACAGUCCGAGGGACUGCCCAUUCAGUUGAUCAGUACAGUUGGCUCUUCUAUUCAGAGGAUCGAAACGAUCAACCGGCAUAACGAAAGCAUCAGUCGGAUCGAGUCCGUCGGGUCUAGUCACACUGGAUCUCGCCCCGUCAGCCAGAUACAUUCGGUGAGCAACCAGUACGACCGGAAUUCCGACUACCGAGACGACCAGUACAGUCGGAAUGGUCGCGACAGAGACAGAGAGCGAGACCACCAUCAGUCGUUUAACAGAGACAGAUACAGGGAUGAGUAUUCCCGGGAUCCAUACAAUCGCGAUGUUUACGGAGCCCCUCCGGCCAAAAGACGUUACCCCGAAACCCAUGACUCGUGGAGUCAUUAUAACAGAUACUAAGUUGAAAAAGCGAAAGAGAGUGCUUAUGAAUGUUUUCAUAAUGAAAGGUUUCCAUAUGUGGGUACCUAUCAAGAGUGUUUGGUAGAUCAUAAUCGUGGGCAUUUGUAAUUGGGCAGAUCGUAAUUGAAAAUCACUUUUAAAAUACGUAUCAAGUGCUCAUACCCUUUUCCUGGACACAGCAAGGCAGCUUGUGAUAAAAAAAAAAUUCAGUGACUUUUCAAUCUUCAUACAGAUGACGUUUUUUGUGAUUUUAAAUUCUGAAGAAUGGCGGCUUUGUAAAGCUAGGCAUUGUAAAUAUCAUGUUUAAAAAAAAAAAGUCGCUGUAGUUAUGAGCAGAAAUAUCUUUUAAAGUGAAUGGUUAAUAUUUCUUGGUUACUAAUGUGAUGUGCAGGUGUUGUUUCUGAAGUAAUGUUGAGCAUGUCAGUUUUAAAGACAAAUGCUUUCUAGUAUUGUUCUUCAUUAUAUUUAUGGAGACAUAAAAUUCAAAGUUUUC